CCCCCCCCCUUAGAAAAAUAAAGACAUUAUUGGUCAGGUCUGGACUUGCAGCACCUUCAAUGUCACGUUUGUUGUGUGUAAAGUAGCUAACUAUCUGACAGCGAGUGUGUAUAUAAACAUAUAAAACAUGUAUAAAUUAAAUUGUAUACUAGUUAGUUCUGUGAGUAACGUUUGUCGACAGCUGGUUGCCUCCCUAAAUGCAAAUGGAAGCUCUCUAUGUGGCAGCAGUGGGCUGCAGCGAGCGUUAUGUACCAGUGCUAUCAGACUUCAGGACACAGCAGCAUCCACCACAGACUCUGGGAAGACCUCCAGAGACUUCAGCCAUUUUCCUCCACUGCUUGGUCAGGACAGUUCACUGAGAUGGGGUGGAAAGAAGUUUGAGGAGCUACCGAUCGCGCACAUUAAAGCCACAUACAACAACACACACAUCCAGCUGACAGACAGCACAGGACAGUCGAUGGUCAGGACGUCCUGCGGAACAGAAGGCUUCAAGAAUAUCAAGAAGUCGACGCCCGUCGCUGCUCAGACUGCUGGCAUCUCCGCAGCUGCGAAAGCCACAGCGAAGGGAGUGACAUUUGUCCGUGUCGUGGUUAAAGGCAUCGGUCCUGGACGUCUGUCUGCGAUCAAAGGCUUGACGAUGGGAGGCCUGGAGGUCGUAUCGAUCACUGACAACACCCCCGUGCCGCACAACGGAUGCCGCCCACGCAAAGCAAGAAGGACCUGAUCUCCGAACCAGAAUGCACUGCAACAGGAGGCGGCUAUGGUGUUGUAAAAUGCUAAUAAAGUGUUUUGUCAUUUAA